UGUGCUCAGACGGCGCUGUCGGCAACCCCGGGCAAGCUCAGACUGGGAAAGCUGGUGCCGCGGAACACAGGUUGGGCACAGGGGCAGAGCGCCUUCACCGAGGUGCCUCCGCUCCAGAAGAGGCUGGGGGGCAUGCAGGCCCAGGAGAGGGAGCACAGUGGUCCUGCAGGCCAGCCUGGCUCCCGGGAGCUGACCCAGGAUGUCCCCAAGGACCCAGCAGGCAGCAUGUUCUUCUCAGUGUGGCCCAGUGGAGCCAGAGGGGAGCAGAGAAGCGCCUUCAGCAAACCAGCCCAGGGUCCAGCAGGAAGACCUGGGCCGACCUCUGUCUUCCAGGCAGGAGGGCCUGCACACGCCCUGGGGGAGCUCCUGGGACUCAUCAGCACGGUAGACAUCCCUGGGUGGGGUCGACUUUCAAAUUCCAAGCUUUUGGUGACUGAUUUCUGGAACCUGCAAAUGUCGCCAGAAAGCGCUCCUCUCUGCAGCCCUUUCCUGGGUGCGCCUACGCUGUGGCUCAAGCAGGCUGCGGCCCAGACACCCACGCCCUCGGCAGCCUCCUCCACUGCCUCCUGGGCCCUCCUGCCACCCACGUUCAUCUCCCUUGGCCUGUCCACCCAGAACUGGUGUGCAAAGUGUAACCUCUCCUUUCACCUGACCUCCGACCUGGUCUUCCACAUGCGGUCCCACCACAAAAAGGAGCAUGCAGGGCUGGACCUCCAUUCUAGGAAGCUGAGAGAAGAGGCCCUCACAUGCCCCCUUUGCCACGAAUACUUCCGGGAGCGCCACCAUCUCUCCCGGCACAUGACUUCCCACAGUUAGCAGGUGGCCGUGGAACAGACCUCUGGGUGCCGC